AUGGCUUCUAUCAGAACACCUAUUUCAGAAACCUCAUUUUUUGCUCGAAAUUGGAUUGAUCACUUGCAAAAUUCGCAUAUUCCCUCUCAAAAUCUCCCAUUUUCAAGUCAUGGGUUUCAUUCUUUGCAAUUUGGGAAUGUUAAGCUUUCGUUUUCACGAUCAAAUUCUAUGAAUAAUUCAAGUCAAACUCAGUCUCCUGCUGAAAUUGAAUCGACUCAAAUAUCUGAUGUACCACUUCUUUCAAGCUUAGAGGUGAUCGAAAGGUUAAGAACAAGUCGGGAAACUUACAAAAGCAAGCAGCAGUAUUUGGCAAUGUUCUCUAGCGUUUUUGGUGGAAUAACAACUGAUCCAGCAGUCAUGGUGAUCCCCUUGGAUGAUCACAUUGUCCACAGAGGACAUGGAGUUUUUGACACUGCUGCUAUUAUGGAUGGAUAUCUAUACGAGUUGGACCAACACCUUGACCGUUUUCUAAGGUCAGCAACCAUGGCCAAGAUAAAGCUUCCUUUCGAUAGGGAAAGCACUAGGAGAAUACUCAUACAAACUGUGAGUGCUUCAAAGUGCAGAAAAGGAUCCCUAAGAUAUUGGCUUUCAGCUGGACCCGGUGAUUUCCAGCUAUCUCCGUCCGGAUGUCACCAAUCAGCCCUUUACGCCAUAGUAAUUCAAGAUCAAUCAUCAUCCGAUCACACGGGUAUCAAAGUAGUAACUUCAUCUGUGCCUAUAAAACCCUCCCAAUUUGCUGUCAUGAAGAGUGUGAAUUAUCUUCCAAAUGUGCUUUCAAAGAUGGAAGCCGAAGAAAAUGAUGCUUAUGCAGCAAUUUGGUUGGAUGAUGACGGGUUUAUUGCUGAAGGGCCAAAUAUGAACGUGGCUUUUGUCACAAAGGAAAAGGAACUUGUAAUGCCUAGUUUUGACAAAAUUCUUAGCGGUUGCACUGCUAAGAGAGUAUUGGUGCUUGCAGAAGGUUUGGUGAGGGACGGGAAACUUCAAGGAAUAAAAGUCAGAGAUGUAACUGUGGAGGACGGAAAACAAGCAGACGAGAUGAUGCUAAUUGGCAGUGGAGUUCUUGUCCGCCCGGUAGUGCAAUGGGACGACAAGGUCAUUGGUAGCGGCAAAGAAGGUCCAGUGACUCGGGACCUCCUAAAUCUCAUUUUGGAGGACAUGAAAUCGGGUCCAACCACGGUCAGAGUUCCAGUUCAUUAUUAA